AUGGACCAGGGAAUUACCGUUUUCCACAAGGACGAGACCCUCCAGCAGAAGCAAAAGGAGGCUGCCGUCAGCAAGAAGCCGAAGCGAGGACCCCUCGACAUCAACGAGCAGUUCGCCCUAAUCAAGGUCUGCGAAAAACGAGCAAAAUACAAGGAAAUCCCGGAGAUCAGCUCGUCGAAGUUUUGGAUCGAAAUUGAAGUUGCUCUGGAACGGGAAAUCGGUCGCCGCUAUUCACACUACUCCUGCCGCCGACGCAUCAAUGAGUUCAUCGCACAACGUGCAGUAAUUCGGGAUGCCAUCAAGAACGGAUCAAAACCCCCAUUUACACUCAUAGAUCCUGAAAUCAUUUCGAUGUUAGAUACCUGGAAAGAAAUGGACGAAUUCAAGGAGCAACUAGAAAAAGAGAAGGCACUAAGCCAGCUGGUUGGCCCUGAACGUACCGAAGUCCCCCAGAACAACAAACUCCAACGAGUCGCCGACUGGGUGAAAAGCCUUCCAGACCCGGAGCCUCAACCUUUAGUCACUCCCCCUUCCACCAAUUCCUCUCAAACGCCAGUCAAGCAAGAUGAAGCCUCCGCUCUCUGGGCUCGGUAUCGAAAGAUCGAAGAUUACCGGGCCAUUGCACGGUCCAACCAUCUCCGGACCUUGAACAAUGAUCUAGUUAGCAGCCGGCAGCUGCUGUCAAAUAUUAAAGAACAAUUAAACUCAAGUCUUCACGAUCAGCGAACAACACCACAGACACCAACAGGUGUUAAGAGGGCCCGUGAAGAUGACGAUACGCCCCCAGAUCGAGCAGCACCACGCCCGAGGACGCAGUUGACCGAUCCAGAGUCAAUGGCCAAGCCAAUAUUGAAACAGAGCCCGGGUAACUCCCAUACCCUUUCUCGCCCCGAGAGGAACCCAGUCCAAAACCAGAUUGAGACUGUAUUCGGCAAAUUCUGGGACAGCAUGUUACCGUACUUCAAGGAACGAGCCAUGAACGACGGCUUGUGCAUCACAAAAUCCGAGACUAUUAUGCACGACCUAUUCAAAGAAGUCGGGGUUGCCAUGACUCGGGCAUUUAUAAAACUCGAACAAACCACACGAACCCCACCUCACAACCCUCUUCCCUGA